AUGGCUAGGGAAAGUAGAGAGACCUUAGUCUUGGAUAAAGGAAGAUUGAAAAGGACUUUGGACGGUGACUGUGAGCUGGCUGGCUUGCAGCUGCAUGCAGUACUCAGUGGGGUGUACCUACUUUCUGUUUUAGCUCAGUCCUAUCUCCUAGGAAUGGCUUUGAGAUUUUUAUCAUGGAAGUGCCACUUAGUUCUUUGUUUUGUGUUCCACUUUUUGUCUUGUCUUUGUAAGGGCCAAGACUCUUCAUUGUCACCAAUGAAGAACAAAGAGAAGGAGAUAAUUUACUCUGUUAUUCAAGGAUUUGUAGGAAAGGGGUGGAACGGUUCGUAUCUUUAUCCAGAUCCUUGUGGAUGGACUCCUAUACAGGGAGUUUCCUGCGAGCAAUAUGAUGAUGGCUUCUGGUAUGUGACUACUGUAAACUUUGGACCAUUUUUUGACAACUCUCUCCUGUGCAGCCAUGACGCUCAAUUGCCUCCACAACUAUUCUAUCUCAAGCACCUAAAAGUCCUCUCACUCUCCAGUUGCUUCCGUUCUCCUACUAAAAAUCCUGUUAAACUCCCUCUUUCAAACUGGGACAAUUUCUCACACAGUUUGGAAUCUUUAACACUCAGAUCAAACCCUGGUCUUGUUGGCACAAUUCCAUCCACAAUUGGCAACCUUAGGAAGCUUCAAUCUCUGGUAAUUCUGGAAAAUGGGCUAAUAGGUGAACUACCACUGAGUAUUAGUAAUUUGGUCAGGUUGAGGCAACUAGUCCUUGCAGGAAACUAUUUGGUGGGUGAGGUUCCAGCCAACUAUGGAAGGCUUUCUGAGCUUUUAAUAUUUGAUGCAAGCAGGAAUAGUCUUUCAGGAGUUUUGCCACCAACACUUGGAUUUUUGGAUUCACUUCUGAAGCUUGAUUUGAGUAGCAACAUGCUUGAGGGAGAGUUGCCAAGGCAGCUGGGAAGGCUAAAGAAUCUUACCUUACUUGAUAUCAGUUAUAACAAACUUAGAGGUGGAUUGCCUAUGACUCUCCAAGAAUUUGUUUCCUUGAAGCAUUUAAUUCUGUCCAACAACCCUAUAGGGGGUGAUCUCCUGGGUAUUAGGUGGGAAAAUUUCCAAAACACAGAAACAUUGGACCUUUCUAACAUAGGCUUGGAAGGGAGUGUCCCAGAAUCCAUGGCAAAAAUGAAAAGGCUUAGAUUUCUGGACCUAAGCAACAAUAAUCUCUCUGGAAAUGUCUGUACAAGUUUGGAAAACCUGACUUCUCUUAGAGCUCUUCAUGUAAAUGGAAACAACUUGUCAGGGAGACUUGAUUUCUCAGAGACGUUUUACAUGAAAAUGGGAAUGCGUUUUGCAGCUUGGAAUAAUGCAAAUCUCUGUUACAUUGCCAAACCAAAGCACCAAAUUCCUUAUGGAGUAAAACCUUGUGUGCAGAACAUUACUAUAUCUGAAGGGCUUUCAGCUAUCAAAAUAACUGAAGGGAAUUACGAGGAUUCCUUUGUAGUGGCCUCUUUCGGAGGCUCAUGCUUUUAUGGACUUUGGUGGGUUUUCACUGUAAAUGGAGUUCUUAAUGUUUUCCUUUGGAAUAUGUUAUUUUAG